AUGGAGAAUACAGAAGUUAUUCACGAAGUUCCUGCCCUGCACCUGCCCAGGAAAGUCGACUCAGAUGAUGAGGUCAAUGAUUCUCCUAUCGAACAAGUCCGACUGACUGUUCCUAUAACGGAUGAUCCAACCCUGCCCUGCUUGACAUUCCGAGCAUGGGUUCUGGGUUUGAUAUCCUGUGCCGUUCUUGCGUUCGUGAACCAAUUCUUCGAGUACCGCCAAAAUUUUCUCCUCGUGUCAUCUGUUUCCGCUCAAAUUGUAGUUCUACCUAUUGGAAAUUUCAUGGCAGCGACUUUGCCAAACAAAGCAAUCCAAGUUCCAGGAACCAAAUGGUCAUUUUCCCUGAACCCGGGGCCUUUCAACCUAAAAGAGCACGUCCUCAUCACGAUAUUUGCAAACGCGGGUGCAAACGCUGUGUAUGCCCUUGGAAUUAUUACCAUAGUGAAGGCCUUCUACAUUCGUCAAAUUAAUCCAGUCGCAGCUUAUCUGCUGUCCCAAACAACACAGAUGCUUGGGUAUGGAUGGGCGGGAAUUUUUCGAAAGUUUCUUGUCGAUUCACCGUACAUGUGGUGGCCUGCAAACUUAGUUCAAGUCUCACUGUUCAGGGCAUUACACGAGGAGGAAAGAAGGCAUAAAGGAGGACUAACAAGGCUGCAGUUCUUCCUUGUGGUCCUAAUAUCGAGCUUUGCAUAUUAUAUUGUUCCCAACUAUUUCUUUCCCUCCAUAACUGCCCUCUCCUUUGUUUGUUGGAUAUGGAAAGACUCGGUGACAGCCCAACAGAUUGGAUCGGGGCUUAAAGGACUUGGGAUCGGCUCAUUUGCACUAGAUUGGUCCACAGUGGCGGGCUUCUUAGGAUCACCCUUAGCAACACCUGGGUUUGCCAUCAUCAACAUAAUGGCAGGCUUCUUCAUUGUACUCUAUAUUGUGAUCCCGAUAGCUUAUUGGACAAAUGCAUUUGAAGCAAAGAGGUUCCCCCUUUACUCAUCUCAUGUGUUCGACAUCAAUGGAGCGCCCUACAAUGUUUCGAGAGUUCUAAAUAAGACAACCUUCGAAUUCAUUCAUCAAGGAUACGAUUCAUACAGCAGAAUAUAUCUCAGUGUUCUGUUUGCAUUUGCUUAUGGGUUAAGUUUUGCGACUUUGGCUGCUACAGUAUCUCAUGUCGCGCUCUUCCAUGGGAGGGCCAUUUGGCAACAGACAACGGCGACCUUUAAACACAAAUAUGAGGACGUUCACACAAGAAUAAUGAAGAAGAACUAUGCAACGGUUCCCGAGUGGUGGUUCUACUUGCUCUUGCUAGUGAACAUUGCCCUUGCGAUGGUCGCCUGUGAAGGGUUCGGGCAGCAGCUUCAACUUCGGUACUGGGGAGUCCUCCUAGCUGCUGGUUUAGCCCUGUUCUUCAUGCUACCGAUAGGAGUCAUUACUGCCACCACAAAUCAGCAACCCGGGCUGAAUGUCAUAACGGAGCUGAUAAUCGGUUACAUGUACCCAGGAAGACCGUUGGCGAACGUCACAUUCAAAACUUACGGAUUCAUGAGCCUGUGGCAGGCAAUAAAUUUCCUGGCAGAUUUCAAGCUAGGCCACUACAUGAAAAUUCCCCCGAGGUCGAUGUUUAUGGUCCAGCUGGUGGGGACUCUCGUAGCGACCUCUGUCUACUUCAGCACAGGUUGGUGGCUCCUGACAACAGUGGAAAACAUCUGCAACCCUUUGAAGCUGCCCGAAGGGAGCCCGUGGACGUGCCCCAAUGAUGACGUCUUCUACAAUGCGUCGAUCAUCUGGGGGGUAGUGGGCCCGCUGAGGAUGUUUGGGAAGCUCGGGGUGUACGACAAGAUGAACUACUUCUUCCUCUUUGGCCUACUUGCCCCGGUUCCAGUUUGGUUACUCUCCCGGAAGUUCCCUCAAAAGAAAUGGAUUGCGCUGAUCAACAUGCCGGUGAUCAUAAGCGGGGCAGGCGGGAUGCCCCCUGCAAAGGCAGUGAACUACAUCUGCUGGGGAGCUGUAGGCAUCUUCUUCAACAUAUUCAUCUACAGAAAGUACAAGGGGUGGUGGGCUCGCCAUAAUUAUAUUCUCUCGGCAAGUCUCGAUGCAGGAGUUGCUUUCAUGGCGAUCCUAUCGUACUUCGCCUUGCAGAUGAAUAAUAUCAACGGGGUGAGCUGGUGGGGAAUGGACUUAGACGAUCACUGUCCUUUGGCUCAUUGUCCAACUGCUCCCGGGAUCGAGGUUGAAGGCUGUCCUGUUUUCAAGUGAUGGAAUAAUAUAUAGUUUCGUACCCGAUAUAGGGAUGAAUUUUCCAGUUGUUUGACUUGAUUCUAGUGGAAAGAAAGCUCUUGCUUA